GGAAACAGUUACCGCCAAUUUCGCUUUUCCAUUUUCUUCUUCUAUUUUUCCAUUUUCUUUCCUCAAUUUCUCCGACCUCGUAUGGCUGCUGCCUGUUUAUCUUCUCAUAAUAUAGAUCUCCCACUUUGAGAUGAAGAACAUGUUGGAGGUAUGGGAUGGCUGUUUUAGGCUGCCAAAUGGAAUGAAAAUAGAUGCCUGUCAAUGUACCUAUCACUUCAUUACCAAGGUUGGAUUUUUGUAAUAUAGGAAGGAAUACUAAUUUAAUUUGUCAAAUGAGAUGAGGAAAUUCUUGCGGCGAAUAAUUGUUGUUCUGUUGUUCAGAGUUAGCUGGAAGAAACUCUUUGUUAUAGGCACUAUAUUAACAGUGUUUAGGGUUGUAAUCCAAAUUUCUAGCCUCCCUAAUCCUUUAACUGAAUGGAUUAUCUCUCCACCCUUGGAUGUUUCAUCUUACCAACGCCUAAAUCAUGGAAAGAAUUCGAGGGAACUUUCAGUGACAUCAGAUAACCAGUUGAAAAUGAGUGAGCAUUUGCCCACAGUUGUUGCGCUCAACUCUACAGCCAGAACGAACCGGUCAAUUCGAGUUAUGGAAAGACGAGAAAGACUUCUGAGGCGUAAGAGACGUAGGAAGCAUGCACGGCUAGUAGAAAAGCUUAUUUAUCCGCCUCCACCUGCUGUGCCCGAUCACUUGCAGAGAUUUAUAGCAUCUUUGGAACCAAAUGAGGCACUUGCAUAUGCUAAAAGUGAGAUUGAGAAAGCUCCUUUAGUCACCGAUGAUCCAGACUUGUAUGCUCCUCUAUUUAGGAAUAUUUCCAUCUUUAAGAGGAGUUACGAGUUGAUGGAACUUCUACUCAAAGUUUACAUUUACAAAGAAGGAGAACGACCUAUUUUCCACGAACCUCAUCUUAUGGGAAUUUAUUCAUCCGAAGGAUGGUUCAUGAAAUUGAUGGAGGACAACCGCUACUUUGUCACUGGGGACCCUGAAAAGGCUCACCUAUUCUAUCUGCCAUAUAGUUCACGUCAGUUGCAGAUGGCAGUUUAUGUGCCUAAGUCACAUAAUCUUAGGCCGUUGUCAAUAUUCCUGCGGGACUAUGUCAACAUGCUAGCUGCGAAGUAUCCCUUCUGGAACCGCACACAUGGAACAGAUCACUUUCUAGUUGCUUGCCAUGAUUGGGGGCCUUACAUUUUAAAGGAUCAUGAGGAGCUAAUUAGAAACACUAUAAAAGCUCUCUGCAAUGCAGAUAUAUCUGAAGGAAUAUUUAAAGCUGGGAAGGAUGUUUCCCUUCCAGAGACCGCCAUAAGGAAUGUCGGUAAGCCUCUUUAUAAUGUUGGUGGAAAAAGAGUGUCACAACGCCCGAUCCUCGCCUUUUUUGCUGGAAAUAUGCACGGGCCAGUCCGUCCCAAACUUCUCAAGUACUGGAGUGACAGAGAUGAAGAAAUGAGGAUUUACGGGCCUCUACCUAAUAGAGUCUCAAGAAAAAUGUCUUAUCCUGAACACAUGAAAUCAAGCAAGUAUUGCCUUUGUCCAAUGGGCUUUGAAGUUAACAGCCCGAGGAUCGUCGAGGCAAUAUACUACGAAUGUGUGCCGGUGAUCAUUGCUGAUAAUCUUGCCCUCCCAUUUGACGAAGUGCUCGAUUGGAGUGCUUUUUCUUUAAUUGUUGCUGAGAAAGAUAUUCCUAAGCUGAAGGAGAUUUUAUUAAGUAUACCUCUAAGACGUUAUCAGGUCAUGCAAAAUAAUGUCAAGAGGCUGCAGAAGCAUUUCCAUUGGAACUCAAUACCGACUAGAUACGAUCUUUUCCAUAUGAUUUUGCAUUCCAUUUGGUCUAGCAGGCUCAACCAGUUUCAAGAAUCACAGAUAUCAUAAUCCCUCUUGAUAUGAAUGCUUUCAACUUGCCCAGCUACUCGGGUGAACAGCAACAUGAACCAUAUUUAAGGGUCUCUUUUUUACGCUUAUAGGCCGAAAUUUUAAGAACUGCUGGUGACUAAUUGUCUUCACUUGGGCACUCUUGAAAUGAUAUGAGGUUUCAUCGAUUGGUCAUUCUCUCCAUUUGUGGCUUUUCCGAUUUCGGUCUCUGCUGCUACUCAGGCAUUACUCAAUAGAGAUGCAAGGCUGACAGGUCCCAAACCAAAUGCACAUGCACACUACAGCAGAAGGGGAAAAGAUAUUUGGAAGUUUAAGACUCUUUCAGGUCUUCAGCAUUUCACAGCUUUUCCCUAUCUUCACAAGUUCUUUCCACUCUCAGUUCAAUUUUCGCGCAGUAUAAACCAGAAGAUGCUCUCAGAAAUGAGUUAUCGUAUGCUGAAUAUGUUCUCAGAUAUGAAGUGGAAGUUCAACAGUUGAUCUUUUGUGUCUAUCACAGUAAUAAUGUAGAGAAUAGUCAUCUUGUUGGUAGCUGUAUUAAACACAAUGUCAAGUAUUCAUGUAUACGAGGGAGAGAAUUUCCCAUCUACUUUUCUGAUGUGUAUAUAUGUACAGUGUAUUCAGUAAUUACAAGGACACAUGUGAUUAUUACCACGUUUCUGCCCUGUGUUUAUUGUGUGAGGUGUGCUUCACCUUCCGGGAUGCGAUUUCCUUUUAAGAGUUGACUGGUGCAGUAUAUUCA